UGACUCACCGCACUCAAACUCGCAGGAAGAAGCCGCGCGAGCUCAGCUGAGAGAGCUCGAGCAAGUUGAUCUGACAGAGAGAGUUUGUCCGUCGCCGUCAGGAGGAAACAAACUAGGGGGACUUAAACGUCCUCGACAUGACGACAAAAACCUUCCUUGACCGAAACGGAUAUCCUUAGCUCUAAGCUGGACCCUGUUCGUUUCCCGUUGAUGGCUUAGCAGGCGAGUUAUGCGCAGUUGAAAAUGAGGGAGCUUGUGUUUUUUCUCCCUCGUCGUCCAGCGAGAGGACAAGAUGGCAGCGCGAGCGCGUCGAGCAUGUAGUGGGUGCGAAUUAAACCCGAACAUGUUCACAAAAGACCCGCGGUCUGACCACAGCUGCUGUCUGUGAAGGUAUGGCCUCACAGGUUACGGUCUGCCCACCACAUGUUUAUCAACCCCAGACAAGUGCCUUUUGCAGAGCGAAGAAAAUCGAUCCCAGCAGCUGUGUUUACCAUGAGAAGAUCCCUCGCACUUAUGUGGUCGGUGUGAAUCUAGGCAUUGCGCACCCUACGGAUAUUAUACCUUUAUCGAGAAUCGAAGCUUUAACCAGCGAGAAACCCUGCGCCGCAUGGGACAUCUCGAAACAGACUGAAACAGCUCCACAGGAGCUCCUCGGAAGGGCUUCCUCGCCAUACAAACGUGUGGUAUCGGGGGGCGACCUUCAGUAUUUCUCCAGAGCGGCCGCGGCAGUUGAAGAAGAAAGUGGAGACAGUGGCCAAAACAGCCAAAGUAGUAGUAGUAGUAGAAACAGUGGCGGUGCUCCGGAAGGGGUGGAGAGAAUCGAGAGGAACGGUGGUUUGAAUUCGUUUGCCAGAACCCAAAGAUGUGGGUUUAAAUGCAAAGGGGCUGAGCUUGAGAACGGCAAGAGCAUCAUGCAGAUAGUAGAGGAGCAUUCGACUCUACCUGCCAUGUUGCAAACAAACGUUGGGAGCACCACCGUGGUAGGCGUGGCCCCGCCUGAGCAGAACGGAACCGGUACGAGAGCCGUGAAUGGGACAGUCGAUGGCGACUAUCAGUUAGUCCAACAUGAAGUGCUGUGCUCCAUGAAGCACACCUACGAAGUGUUGGAGUUCUUGGGACGUGGUACGUUCGGUCAGGUGGUCAAAUGUUGGAAGCGAGGCACCAAUGAGAUCAUGGCAGUGAAGAUACUGAAGAACCACCCAUCGUAUGCCCGCCAGGGCCAGAUCGAGGUGAGCAUCCUGGCCCGACUUAGCGGGGAAAACGCAGAGGAGCAUAACCUGGUGAGGGCUUUCGAGUGCUUCCAGCACAGAAACCACACCUGUCUGGUGUUCGAAAUGCUGGAGCAGAACCUGUACGACUUCCUCAAGCAGAACAAAUUCAGUCCGUUGCCACUGAAGGUGAUUAGGCCCGUUCUGCAACAGGUGGCCACGGCGCUUAGGAAGCUCAAAAGCUUGGGCCUGAUCCAUGCCGAUCUUAAACCAGAGAACAUUAUGCUGGUAGAUCCUGUGAGGCAACCCUUCCGUGUGAAAGUGAUUGACUUUGGCUCUGCCAGCCACGUCUCCAAAGCUGUGUGUUCGACGUACCUGCAGUCUCGCUACUAUAGGGCUCCAGAGAUCAUCCUGGGCUUACCCUUCUGUGAGGCCAUAGACACGUGGUCACUGGGCUGCGUCAUCGCUGAGCUCUUCUUGGGCUGGCCGCUUUAUCCAGGAGCGCUGGAGUAUGACCAGAUUCGUUACAUCUCUCAAACUCAAGGGUUGCCAGGAGAGCAGCUUCUGAACGUGGGGACGAAGACGGCCCGAUUCUUCAUCAAGGAGUCUGAUUCACCAUACACCGCCUGGAGACUGAAGACGACUGAAGAACAUGAGACAGAAACGGGACUGAAGUCCAAGGAGGCGAGGAAGUACAUUUUCAGCUGUCUAGAUGACAUUGGACAUGUGAAUCUAAUGCUCAACAUGGAGGGCUGUGACCAGUUGGCGGAGAAAGCUGACAGGAGAGAAUUCGUGGACUUGUUAAAGAUGAUGCUGAUGAUUGAUGCAGAUCAGAGAAUCGCCCCUUCAGAUGCACUUACCCACCCUUUUGUCACUAUGCAGCACCUGAUGGAUUUCCCCCAUUGCAAUCAUGUCCAGUCUUGUUUCCACAUCAUGGACGUGUGUCACACAAGAACCAGCAUGUACAAUACUCUCAACCGCAACAAAGCACCCCCACUUAUGAAGCCUGUGACGCUUCCAAGUGCUCCAAAUAUCACUGUCGCCUUCAACAAAAUGCUGUCUGUCCACUCUCAGACCCUGGCGCCAUCUGCUCCACCUGUGGUGCAUCCAGGAAUUCCCAUCCAGACAGGAAGCGCCCAGUUUGGGUGUAAUGAUUCCUUUCAGCAGGCGCUCAUUCUAUGCCCUCCUGCUCUUCAAGGAAUCCCUUCAAACCCAAAUCAGCCAGCAGGAUAUUCGGUUCGAAUGGAGAACACUCUUUCUCUGGUGACCCAAGCCCCAGCUAUCCAGCCUUUACCCAUGAGACCAGGAGUUAUAGCACAACAACCAUGGUCCAACAGGACUCCACAGAUCCUGGUGCCAGCUUGGCAGCAGGUCCCGCCACCUGCUACGAGCUUGGCAUCCGAUUCAGUUGUUGGACCGCAGAGGCGAGGAGACUGGGGGAAAGUGCGGCCACACAGCAGCCAUUACAGUUCGGUGAUGCCCCAGGCUAUUGUUCCCAACCAAAUGGCUGUGUCAGCCCAUCAGCCUAUAAACAUUGGCAUUGCUCAUGUGGUCUGGCCUCAGCCUGCAUCUAACAAGAGGAACAAACCCAGCCAUAACAGGAGUAUGAAUGUCUUGCACUACACGGACACCCAGCCCUCAGUGUGUCCGUCACCAAAGAUGGCAGACAGGUUGGCGAGUGCGGAGCCACAGCCGAGCUCUCCUGACAGAGAGGUGCAGGCCCAGGUGAAACCAGAACCGGAGCAGGUGGAGGAGGAGAGCUGCUGUAAAACGGCAGUGGCCAAUCAGCAGCGAGAGUCUAUUAUCAGAGAGUCACCCAGCCCGGCAGUUAGCAUCAUUAGCAUAAGCAGCGGCACAGAUGAAGAGGAACAAGCACAGAGGUGCUCCCUUAACAAGUGUAAGGACAGUCCGGAGUGUGAGGCAUGCACAGGCUCUCUGAACAUGGAGCGAGCGUGUUCCCUCAGCAGUCCUGAUAGCAGUCUGAGCACCAGCUCCUCAGCCUCGGCACAAUCCAGCCCCUCGCCAUGCAAAAGACCCAGCAGUAUAUCGGAAGAUGACGGCCAUGAAAGUGGGUGUGAAACUGUAGACGGCUCGCCCCCUUCAGACUCCUCCCUAGGACCUCACGACAGCCCCUUCCCUGAAAGACGCUUCCUGACCAAUCAGAACCAGAACCAGGAACCCCAGGCUAGGCGUGGACACCCCAGCACAGCGCUGAAUAAACCUGCAGUGAGGACCGUAGUGGUGCCACCCAUGAGAGUGCUGAACAAUAACCAUCAUCCAAAUAAUGAGCAGCACACAGCCGGCACAGGUCAUAGGAGAGAAAAAGGAAGUUGUCACAGAGGCUAUCACAGUCUUAGAAUCCUACUGCCAGUCCAGAGGUCGCUGCGGCCCAGGACGACUGAGCCACUUUUCCACACCCACGUUGCCCCGCCAGCAGAAACUGAGCUCUUCAUUCCAGCCACAGCUGCCAGGCUUUGGCCAGGUCCAGCAUUACGGGUCGUGCCACAAGGAGUGGAACGGCAACUACCGGCAGCCACGCCGGCCACAGGCCUUCAUCCCGCCCACAGUGCACGGCCCUACCUUCUCGCUUCCCCACGGCAGCCCCACACACUCGGCCGGCCACCUGCCACCUCCCGCCCUCCUCUCCUAUCCGCCUUCCGCACCCGUGGCCCACCUCUUGCCUUCGCCGUGCCCACCACCAGCCCCUCGGGCCAUCUUGCAGCCCGCCUACAGCCUGGUGCACCAUCAGGGCAUCAGCAUGGGCAUCAACCACAGGCUGCUGCCCUCCCCUACCCUGCUCCCGCAGGGCCAAUUCAAAGCCCUCUUUCCCCCGCACUCCUAUGUGGCGUCACCCGUCUACGCAGGCUUCCCCCUCAGCCCCAGCAAACUCAGUCAGUACCCUUACAUCUGAGCUGGAGCCCGCGGCAGCCACGUGCACGCAGCCGGCACUGAGCUGCCACAUCUUUCUUUUCUUAUGAAGUUUGACAACAGUGAUGAUGAUGAUGCAAAUCGAGCUUUAUAGAUAUCAUGGAACAUAAAACAAACAAAUGGAUGCGUGAGCGAGUGAGUAGAUUGAACACACAAACUCACUUUUAAUGUGUUUUUGCACAUUUGAUACAACAAAAUCCCUAGUCGUGAGACCCUCGGCGGAGGGCCACAGCAGAUCCCCAAUGCUAUUUUUCGAUAUUGCCUUCUGACGUGUGUAUUAGACUCUCGUUCAAGCCAUCGCUGUCGCCUAUGUGCGUGCGAGUCUCCUUGUGGCGACCUGGUGUUACCUGUCCGUAUUUUUCCGUAGCUCCUCAGUGUUAAGUCUCUUUUAGACCUGUGUUGAAAAGGUUCUGUCACGCUGCAUGUCUCUGCAUGGGCAAAAACCAAUGUUGGACUUCAAAAAAGGGGGGGAAGGCCUGCAAACCGUCGCUUUUCGCCCUCUGUGUAUAUGUUGUACGACUUGCUGCAUUGAAUCCAUUGGGGUUCAAUAAACAGUGCCUUAAAAUACAUGUUGUUGCAAGUUACCCCGAGUCCCACAUGCAGUCAUGCGUGUACUGGACUGCAGCACUUGAAAAACUUUCAAUCGUUCUUUGUGAUUUUUAUAUUAGGGCUGUUUCAUACAGUAGAUCUUUGUUUUUUUCGUGCUUGGUGCAUUAGCGCAUUCGUUGGCUUACAUAAUCAAUACAUCGGUGUCGUUUCUACUUGUUUAAUUCAUCUCUUGGGGUCGCGACGGGAGUUUUUUGUUCAGAAAGCAGAUUGGGUGUCUAUCCAAAUGCGCCCUAAUGGUUCUAAUGUUUUAAACCAACAACAAAAUCUCACUAUUCAACACCCGAUUGGCUAUUUGCGCCAAUAUUAGACUCAUGAUUUGCCCUUUUGUACAGGCGAAAUGUUUUGUUUGACACCUUAGAUGAUUUGCGCAUUAUUUGGAAGCGAAACAGUCCUUUUACGUGUGUUAUUUAGAGGUGGAUGCAUUGUGCUAAGUGGUAGCUGAGCUUGAUUCUUUGAGGAUAACGUGCUUCGCUGUAGCAGAGGCCGAUGAACUAUGUAUAGAAACGUUUGAGUACUUUCAUAUUUGAUAAUCUGUUUCUACUCUAAUAGUAUUUACACUGUUUAAUGAAACUGCAAUACAAUCCAUAGUUUUCGGGGUGUGUUUAUCGUUUCUUUCCAUCAGUUCUGUUAAUUUUAGAGUUAGAAGUGUUAUCGGUGUUGGAUUUGUAUCAGCAGAUAGCUCUUUUUGAUGAUAUUGUAUGGUUUCAUGUUUGCUUUGUGCAGAAUUAUUCAGUAUUGAGUAUCCAACUGUAAAGUCUAUCAUUGCUGGAGUAUUCAGUGCUUUAUAAGACGAGAGUUGAUCGUGUGCAAUUUUCUUCAUAGAUGCAUGUGACAAGAUUGGAUUUUGUAUUCCCUCUCUCACAAUUUAAUUGCUUUUUUUGAUGCUGUUUUUAUUUCAUACAUUCCGUCAGGGAGAAAUAGCUUUUUUUUUCUGUGUGAAUUCAUUUUUUUUUUAUUAUUAGAUUUGAGUUUUUCCAUUAGGUGCAUUCUUUCAUUAUGCUUUCGCUACACCAAAGACAGUCAUCCAUUUCUUAAGCAGAGUAGCUACUGUUUUAGCGUAGACCUCGAACGUAGUGUAGUUGAGGCCGUAUUUAACAGAAAAUCUUUGUAAAAAUGUUGAGGUUGAUGUUUAGCUUUUUCGGUCAAGUUAUGACUUUGUUUCAUUUAUUCUUGAAUGUAUCAUAGAUAAGCUGCUAUAUACUGAUUGCCACUUCAUAAUAGCUGUGAAAUUAGAUGAUUAACUUUGUUCUUAGCCUUCUUAUUUUUAUAUAUGUCUAAUGACCUUGAAAUAGAAGUGAGAUUUUUUUU